AUGGAUAGUUGUAGUGCAACAGUAGGAGCAGUUCCUUCUUUAUCCACAAUUUCUUCAUCUGCACAAGCCUCAGCCAGUUCGCAACGCCAUAGAAGACGAAAUAAUAAUCGUUUUAAAGUGAAGAACGACCCAUUAAAGGAAAAUUUAGUGAAACCUACAAGCGAAAGUAAGUAUAAAAUCUAAACUUUUUUAUGCAGAGAUAUUCAAGUAUUAUGUUAGUUUUCGAAGUAUUUUCUCCGUUUUUUGAUAUGAAUUUUUAGCUUCUAUCGAAAUUUUAAAAUGCUCGAUGUUUUCCUGUAUCAUCUAUACUACCUUCUGAGUAUUUAAAAUCAAAAACGCCCCUAAUUAGAAAAUGAUAGCUUUUUUUUCAUUUCCAUCAAUUUAUUGUUUCAUUUUCGAGAUUUUUAAGUUUUAAGAGGCGCUUUCAGAUGUUGUGCUUUCAUCGUCAGAGAGGGGUUCAGUACAACCGAGCUUGUUUCUAGAGGUCUCUACCAAGAAAAAACUACCAUGGAGGGCUUAUCGUGAAACGAGUAUGCUAUUCAUUUUUAUUUUUUUUUUUGAAUAUUCGAAUGAUUUACAUGAGAAUAAAUUUUAGAAAGAACCCAAGCGCGAGAAUCCACAGAAGCUCUAAAAAUGAAUUCACAAAUUGAUAUCCCUUCCGGCUCAAGUUUGAACAUUUUAUUGGUCGAAAAAAUUCAUUUUUUCAGAUUCUGAAAAAAUAGCGAGUAGGACAACGAAAAGCCGAAAAUCUACGAAAAAAAGUGAGCACUCUAUUUUUUUCAUUAAAUAUGUUUGGCCGUAAUUUUUAGAUCCUCCAUUUCAUUUCAAUCCAAAUGCCGAACCUUUUGUACCAAGAACAACUUCGUUUCAAGGUGGAACCACAGAAACAGAGGAUAAUAAGGAUUCCGGUUUGAGAAAGGAAAAAUCUCAAAGAAAAAAAGCAUCGCACGAGAAAAAAAUGUUUUCCGAAAGAAAAAGAAAUUGGAAUUCCGGCCGGAAAGAUAUUUCAUUAAAAGGUUAUCAGUUGCAGUGACUAAAAUAAGGGAAUAAUUAAUUAUUAUUUAGACCGAUUAGUUCGCGAACUGGAAAACUGCACUUAUGAGUGUGCUAUUUGUUAUCAACGUAUCACUUCGAAGCAGGUUUUUUUUCUCCCAAGGUGUCGGUUUUAUUUUUUAUAAAUUUCAGGGAACCUGGUCUUGUGAUACAUGUUAUCACAUUUUUCAUAUUUCACAUGGUUGUAUAAUCGAUUGGGCAAAAUCUAGCAGAGAAGAUGACAAUAAGUUGGUUGAAAAGAAGAAAUUUGUUGUUCAAAUGUUUAUUAUUAGAUGGAGAUGUCCCACUUGCCAAACGAAAUACGAGAGGAUGCCUUACAACUAUUUCUGCUUUUGUGGGAAACAGAAAAAUCCAACUUUCGAGCUGUUUGUUUCAAUUGUUUUCGUAUGAAACCAGAUUUUUAUAGAGGCUCUACUCCCCACACUUGUGAUGGUGUCUGUGAGAAAAAGCGCGGUCCCGAUUGUCCUCAUCCGUGUACUGAUCGUUGUCAUCCAGGACCUUGCAACGAGUGCCCCCUUCAGGUUUGUUUAUCGACUUUUUCAGUUUUUAGGGAGCUUUAAAAAUGUGUAGAUAGUAAAUAUUGCUUUUUCAGGUUGUCAGGACGUGCAAUUGCGGCGCAGAAGAAAAGACUGUUCGUUGUGGGUCAAAGAUAGUGAUGAAAGUUUUAUAAAUAAAGAAAAAAUUUCUUUCAAGUUUUCUUUUCAGUGCGAGAAAGUUUGUGGAAAGAUGCUGAAAUGUGGAAAUCAUCGGUGCACCAAUGUCUGUCAUAGCGGAGAUUGCGAUUCAUGUAAUGAAAGAGUUUUUCAAGGUUUGUUGAAUUUAUAGAUAUGCUUAAUCAUAAUUUAUUUUAAGUUUGUUAUUGCGGCAAAGAAAAUCGAGAGGUUUCUUGCGGGAACGAUCCACAAACAUCUUUUAGCUGCAAAUCGCCGUGUCGAGGAACAUACAGCUGUGGAAUCCAUAAAUGCGAACGCAGGUAUAGUUUCAAAAUGUUGCCUGUAAAAUUGUUCUGUAUUCUCAUUUUUCGCAUUGAAAGUUUAAUCUAAAACUUAUUAUGAGUUAAGUAGUUCAAAUUCUUACAUAAAUCUUUAUAUAAUAUCACGUGUUUAAGAAUAAUAUCUUUUUAUCAACCUGGUGAAGUGAGAAAGAGAACAUUCGAAUAGCUCAGUUCUAAUUAAAAAUUGACAAUCAAUAAAAAAGAGAAGUAAAAGAUACUGAUAACUGCCAUCGAAUCUUUGUAAAAAACUUUUUCCCCGUGGAUAGUAGAAACGUUUAGAUGCCAUGAAAAAUGGGAUAAUGGUUGCGGCGAUUGUCCAAUGUCGGCCGCGAAGGUUACUCAUUGCCCCUGUGGAAAAAAAUCUUUGGACGAGCUGAAAGUCGUGCGAUCGGAAUGUACAGACGCCAUUCCCACGUGUGAAGCCGUAUGUGGAAAAAUUCUCGAAUGUGGAUCCAAAGGUUUAUUUCUUUCUCUCUCUUUUGACUUCGUUCAGUUUUUUUUUCAGGAAGAAAUCACCGAUGUGCUGAAAAAUGUCACGCCGGUCCUUGUCCUCCAUGUCUGUGCGGCACGGGAGUUACCUGUCGCUGUGGAAAUAAAAAGACCAUCAUUUCUUGCUUAGAAUUUGUGGAGAUCUACAAAUCUGGUAUGCUGUAUUAAAUAGUAGUUUUAAAGGAAUGAAGUUUUUUCGACAAGAAAUUCCUUAGGAGAAAGGGAAAGAUAACUACGUUUUGAAGAGUAAUUUUGCAAUUCCGGGGAAAUUGAUUUGAACAAUUUAUUUUUCAUUGUACAACUCAGCAAGAAUUUUUGAAAAUACUACGCAUAGUAAAAUAUAUACAUCGGACGAGAACAAUCAUAAGAAGCAGCCGAUGAUAUUAACAGAAAAUUCUGAAAAAAUGUUUUCUUAUCCUCACGAGUUAGUUUUCCAUCACUAUUGCAAAUUUUCAGGAAAUCAGCCUUACCUGUGCGAGAAAAGAUGUCGUAAGAAGAAAAGUUGCGGUAUUCACAAGUGUCAAGAGGAUUGUUGCGUUCAAGAUGAACAUUUUUUUGUAUGCAAGUAAGUUUUUUUUCUGUUCUUUUUUUUUCUAAAUAUUUAUAUUAGAUUUGCAACAAACGUCUUCCAUGUGGGAACCAUAAUUGUGAUAACAUUUGUCAUGCAGGGCAAUGUCCACGCUGCCUCAACGCAAGUAUGCUUUAUUAUUAUUUCUUUCGAUGACUUUUCAGAGGAAAUUUUUUGAUAGAUAUAUGCGAGCUUUUCUGAAAGUUUCUUCGACUAAAAAUGAAGCGUGUAUGUCUGUAUGAAGAAAAAAGCUGCGAAAAACGAGCUAGCGAAUGCCGUGUUCAAAGUAAUUUCCGCGAAAUGCAAAAUGCUCUCUUUGAAAACUUUGAAACUUUAUUCAGUCUUCAGAGAAGGUACUCUGCUGAAUCAUGGAAUAAUUGAAGAGUUGUUCGUCGGUUUGCGAAACUGUCGUUGAUCAAACGUAGACGGCGCGUAGAGCAUCUCGUCUUUCUUGUGAUAGUAGUAGACGACUUUCGAGCGUUUCCGACGAUCACUGCUUCUCCAUGAUGCUCUCUAACUCUCCAAAAUUUAUAUAUGUCUUUCUUUCUCUAACCGCUGCGAACACGGCAGAAGGUUAAAAAAAAACUGGUUGCUAAAAUUUUGUCUUCCGUUGGCAGAUUUGCCGUCUACUAGAAAAAAAAAACUCUUCGGAAAAAAAAAUCUGAAAAUCCGGCCAAACCAGCGAACUUUUCGCAACUUUUUUUUUUGGUUGCAGUGAUCUUUUUUUCUGAGCUGAUUUUUCAUCCUUACAUCUUUACAAAAUUUUAUCUUUAAUAGGCUUUGAUGAACAGUAUUGUCAUUGUGGUCGAACGAUUCGACCUCCUCCAGUUCCUUGCGGUUCUUCCUUGCCAGAAUGUCAUGAGAAAUGCGUACGUCAACAUAGAUGUGCCCAUCCAGUCACACAUAAGUUUGUUUUGUUUUUCUUCUCUUUAAUAUAUUCCAUCCAUCCCAACUUUGAAGAGGCGGAGAAAAGGGCGAAACGCGUAGCGAGUGCGUUUGCCGUUCUUGGCACGAGUUCAAUUUAAGCGCCACCGACUAUUUAAAAAGCUCGCUAUUUUUGUAUCUAUUCUAUUUUUUUAAUGCACACAUGAUGCCGUGUUCAAAGUAAUUUCCGCGAAAUGCAAAAUGAUCUCUGACUCUCCAAAAUUUAGUGAUCUUUUCCUUUCUCUAACGGGUAUUUUGCAUUUCGCGGAAAUUACUUUGAACACGGCAUGAAAAAAAAAAUCAAUGAAUCAUUAAAAAAUAAAAGAAAGGAGUGAUAAACGAGCUCUGCAAACAGUCGCUGGCGGUUGAGUUGGUUGAACUCGUGCCAAGAACGGUUGGCCGAACGCGUUUCUCCACUUUCCCUGCCUCCUCGCUUUUCAAUCCGGGAAAAAAACUGACUACAUUGAAACUUUUAUAGUUGUCAUGGGGAAGAACGAUGUCCACCGUGUACGUUUCUAACGGAGAAGUAUUGUUACGGGAAACAUGUGGUAAGUGGUUAUAUCAACUAGUUAUGAGGACGAAGUAAGAUUUCAUAAUAAUUUUUAGUUACGGAAAAACAUCCCUUGUCACAUCGAAGCAGUUUCGUGUGGGAUGGAAUGUGGCCUCGAACUAUCUUGUGGCGUGCACAAUUGUAACAGGAAAUGCCACAGCGCCCCAUGUGAACAGGUUCAAACGCCUUCUCUUUGA